AUGUUGAAAGCAAUAACGACAGUAACAAUUUUAACCAUCAUUUUAGUUUAUUUUAUACUUCUAUCUCUUACUUAUCCGUCCGUUUGCUGGUUCAAACACCGACCAACUGAGGAAAAUGAUCACCCUCAACCUCCUAGCGUUACAUUUAUUUCUAAGCGCUCCACGAAAUCUUGCUUAAAACACUAUACAUUUCAUCUCAUGCCUAUGCCUUUGAAAAUCAUCAUGUCUAACCAAGCAAAAAUCGUUCGUAUACCUUCGACUAUUCGUAUCGAAACAAAACAAUCUCUACCAUUUCCAACACUGAACUCAUCCGAGGAUGCUCCUUUUACUCUGUCUAUUACUGGUGCAUUUGAUCUGAUAAAUCAGGCCGUUUAUCCAUACUUAGGCAUCGAUGAAUCAUAUCAAUUGAAUAUAACUUCAGAUAAUCGUGCCCUCUUAGUUGCAAAAACGUACGUUGGCGUUAUUCGUGGUCUGUCAACUUUUCAACAGUUACAAGCUCAAGAGUUGAUACCUAUUCCACUUACAAUUGUUGAUCAACCACGAUUUAUUUGGCGUGGUCUAAUGCUCGAUGUUGCACGUCAUUUUAUUCCUAUUUCAAUCAUUCAGCAAACCAUUGAUUUCAUGAAACUUGUCAAAAUGAAUGUUUUACAUCUACAUUUGACCGAUGAUCAAGGUUUUCGUAUGGAAUCAAAACAAUUUCCACGACUACACGACUCGUCCCAAUUUUAUUCUCAAUCCGAUAUUCGCGAUCUAAUUGAAUAUGCUCGAUUACGAGCUAUUCGUAUUGUACCUGAAUUUGACAUGCCGGCACAUACAGCAUCAUGGUUUGUUGGUUAUCCACAUUUAUCGAGCGGUCAAAAAACUUCGUAUCAAUUGGAGACGAUUUGGGGUGUCCAUAAUGCCACUAUGGAUGCCACUCGACAAGGUACCUACGAUUUUCUCGAUCAGUUCUUUGCGGAAAUGACACAGAUCUUUCGUGACCAGUAUUUUCAUAUUGGCGGUGAUGAAUGUGCACCGCAUGAAUGGUUGGCAUCGGAUUCAAUAAAAAAAUUCAUGCAAGAUAACAAAUUGUACAGUCAUCAAAAUUUACAAGGAUACUUUACAAAACGUGUAGAAAAACUAUUAGAAAAAUAUAACCGUACCAUGAUGGGCUGGGAUGAAAUAAGCUCUGUAGAUCUUUCUCGUCAAUCCUUAAUUCAAUCGUGGCGUAGUCAAAUGUCUCUUAUUGAUGCAGCUCAUCGAGGUUAUCAUGCUAUUCUUUCACAUGGUUUCUAUCUCGAUCACAUGUCGCCAGCUAGUUAUCAUUAUAGUAAUAAUUUACACUUUGAUACUAUGCUCAAUAAAAAGAAUCAAGAGUAUAUUCUCGGCGGUGAAGCGUGCCUAUGGACAGAAUAUAUAAAUGCAGAUAUGGCACAUUCGCGUCUUUGGCCCCGAACAGCAGCGAUCGCUGAACGCUUAUGGUCAACGUCUUACGAUCAAAUUGACUGUAUGUAUGACAGACUUAACCAAUUAGAUACGAAGUUCUUUCAUCCAAACGAUCAACAGUAUAUUCAAAGUUUAGCAAAACUAGCAUCAAAUGUCACCGCUUUGAAAUUACUCGCAGAUCUGUGUGAACCAUUGGGUUUACAUGGACGUGAUCAGAAGCGCAAUUAUACCAGUCGCACUAACUUGAAUCGUUUCGUCGAUCUUUUGAGACCUGAAAGUAAACGAACUCGACAAUUGAUAAAAGUCAACAAACCCUCGCUGUUGUAUUCGACGUUUCUCUCAUGGAAAAUGAAUAAAAUCUAUAUUGAUUCGAAUGCAACAGAAAUCCUGCAACUUUCGGAAAAUUUACUACAGUUAGGUGAAAUCGGUAUUCGUCUUUUGAGACUUUUCAACGCAAAUCAGCAGCGACCAGUCGUUUCAUCACGAUGGUAUUCGUACCAGUUAUAUCUACUGAAUGCGUUAGAAUAUCAAGUACCUGAAAUACGUUUAGCCGGUGUACGUGUUGUCAAAGACCUACUUGAAGAAAUUGACUACUGCGCAUUUGAUCUACUCAAUCUUAGUCUGCUUCUGUUUUUUCCUCUAAUCAUUCUCAUCGCACAACGAGUUAGUAUAAUCCGACGACGUCUUCUCAUUCCAUGUUUACUGUUUUGUUUUCACAAAUGUGCUCGCUAUUAA